CAUGAUGAAAAUUCUUCUGAUAAGUCUUGUUAUAGUACUGUCAUAUUAGACAGUAGAAUAUAACACAUAUGAUGAAGCAUUUGCAAAACACUUGUUUUAUUUAACAUCAGCAAGUUAUUGCAGCUAACAACACAUUAAGAAUUGGAACUGUGGCAAACCAUGCAAAGAACUCAAACCAAUCACUGAUAUUUCAUUCUUCAUCAAUGCAACAAAUGAUAAUGCAGGAUAUGGUGCAUAUCAUCCUGAAACAGAUGAAAUCUAUUUAGUGUUUAGAGGAACUUUACCAUGGAGUCUUACUAAUUGGAUUGAAGAUAUUGACUUUAUUAAAACAGAUUAUCCCUAUUGUUCCAAUAAUUGUUAAGUUCAUAGGUAUUUUUAAUAAUCUAUAAAUAUCAUUUUAGAGGUUUCUAUUAUUCUUUCCUGGGAAUUUAAGAUUAAGUUUUGAAUUGUUUGAAAACUUUAACAAAGAAAUAUCCCUUAGCCAAAAUAACUGUUACAGGUCAUAGUUUAGGAGGUGCUUUGGCUCAUCAUGCUCUUGUGUAUUUGGCAACAGUAUUAUUCUAAUUUUAUCUUAGAGAGGUUUUACUAUAAGUAAAUUCUAUACUUUUGGAUCACCUAGAGUUGGUGAUAAGAAUUUCUUUACUUAUGUUAAUUAAUAACUAUUUCCAGGACCUAAAUUUAGAGUUACUCAUAAUCAUGAUCCAGUUCCUCAUCUCCCAGCACUUAUUUAAGGAUUCCAUCAUGUGAAUUAAGAAGCUUAUUAUAAGGACUAUUUAUUGGUCAUCCAUAAGAAGUAAUAAAUUAUUAAAUUUUAGAGUUUAAUUAUGUAAUGAUAACUUUAAAGAAGAUGACAAUUGUUCUAAUGCUAAUUUAGUUGAUUUAUCUGUAUCUGAUCAUGCUAAUUACAUGGGUUAUGAUAUGACAUUAGAAUUGCUCACUUGUUAGUGA